AUGAAAUUUACAACUUCUUCUGUGGCCGGUCUACUGGCAACUGCCGUGACUGCGCAAAACUGUCAAAAUAUCGCCGGUACCUCAUACUGUAACCAGGUCCAAGAACUUGUUUACAAGGGCGUUGGAUACCAAGGUUCUUACAACAAAGUCACUUCGUUCAAUAAUGACGGUACUUGUAGUUCUACUCCUUACUCAUUCUCUGGAAGCUUGAGUCCUUUGGAUGAGGAACUUACUGUUCACUUCAGAGGUCCUAUCAGUAUCAAACAAUUCGGUGUUUACUACCCUGGUGGAAACAACAACCAAAAGAGAGACGAGGUUCAAAUUCAAAAGAGAGCUGGUCACCACGUUCACAACCUUCACAAGCGUGAGCCUGCUUUUGUCACGGAAUACGUUCAUGUUACUAAAACCGUUUUCGGCGAUGGUUAUGAGGCUAUUGAACAAGCUACUUCGUCUGUCGCUCAAGCUCCUUCAUCAGCUGCUCCUCCUCCCCCUCCUCCUCCACCACCAUCCUCGUCUGCUCCACCACCACCUCCUCCACAACCAACAACCACAUCUUCAUCAGUGGCCCCACCACCACCACCUCCAUCUUCAUCUUCAUCAUCUACUCCACCACCACCCCCUUCAUCGACUUUUGUCACUUCUUCUUCCGCUUCUCCAUCGUCAUCUAGCAGCGCUGCUUCUCCUUCUGGAGGCUCUUCGGCAGGUUCUUGGACCCAAGUUGCUUACUAUGACUCCUCGUCUCAAACCGCUAAUGGCGUCACUUUCAUGAACCACCAAGGUGGUUCCGGAUCUGGUGUUUGGGAUAUGAACUUCGGUAACUCGAUUUCUUAUGCCGGUUCUGACGGUACUAGCUGUGCCAGCAGUCCUCAAGUCCUUCAAGACAAGACUCUUAACUCCAACGAGGAGGUCGUCAUCUUCUCCAGCAACCAAUGUAGCGGAGACGACUGUGGAUACUACCGUCCCGGUAUUCCAGCUUACCACGGAUUCGGAGGUGCUGACAAGGUCUUCGUCUUCGAGUUCUCCAUGCCCAGUGCUUCUGGUGCCUCUGGUCCUAAUGGUGAUAUGCCUGCUGUGUGGUUCCUCAACGCCCAAAUCCCCCGUACCCUCCAAUACGGUGCUGCUUCCUGUUCUUGUUGGAGCACUGGAUGCGGUGAGUUCGAUGCCUUCGAAAUUGUCAGCCCCGGUAACCAAUUCCUUACCAACCAUCUUCACUCCGGUCAAGGUGGUGGCGGUGCUCAAGGCGGUGGUGGCUCUGCUGACUACUUUGCCAGACCCACUUCUGGCACCCUAAAAGCCGCUAUUGUCUUCAGCGGUGACGACCAAUCGGUUACCAUGAUCCAACUUGACAGCUCUACUGAAUUCCCUUCGUCGCUCUCUGAUACCACUGUCAAUGGAUGGAUUGCUCAAGGCUCAAGCUCAAAUAACUUCGCCAACUUGCUUUAA